AGCAGUUGUCUCGACGCGGGUACCUGUCGGAUUGGGAGUUCGUCGAGUGCCUUCGACUGCGCGAGGCGCUCAAGCACCCGGAGUACAAAAAGAUUCCCGGACUCGCCAUUUCACCACCACUUCCCGGAGCGCCCGCACCUAUAAAUCUCCCUCAGCCCGGACCUCUCUGUUUCCCAACGCCAGUUGCUCGACCGCCCUCCCCACCUCCAUAUCAAGCGCGCGACAUCAUCGAUCUUCAACACCCGAUAGGCUUCCGCGGCAGGUACGGACAUCCUGACUUCCCGCUGCGGGAGAAAGGUCGGCAAGUGCAGCUCUGGCCUGCGGAUCCGGCCGUUAAGUUUGACAAGAGCUUUGAGGAAGCGGAGGCUGAUAGGCAUCGAUGGAGGUAUGUUGAGUUUGACUUCUACUAUGUGGAUAGGCGAGUUUGCUAACGGAUGGUUUGUAGUGCUGAGGGCAAAUAUCCCAACGUGUGUAUGUUUGGUUGCUGGCCGCCCCACUUCGUCGCACAGAACAGUAUUCAAGACUACCAACUGCGAUCUCUACUGCCGGAAGGCUACAAGCACGAGAACAUGGACGCUCCUCCGCCGACCGUGCCUUCUGCGGGCAGCCCGGUUGUUACCCCGCAUUCUACGCGCGAAAACACUCCCGCUGCUGGCCAUGACGAUACCACGCACGUGGACGCUUCUGAAGCUACUGGAGCUGAAACCGUUCCGGACACCAAGUCGCAGACAUCGUCUAGCGAUUCUAAGUCAACACCUAAGCCAGAAGAGUCAGCGGAGAAAGAUCCCAAGUUGUCUUCCGGCUCUACUCAAGGCCCAUCGGAAAAGCCGGAAACGGAGCAGGCUUCAGAGAAGAAGGCAAAUGUGGUAACUAGCACCCAGCAUGCGGCUCCAGAGAGCGGUGCUUCUAUCUCUGGGGAUGCUAAACCCGCCAAGCCUGACGAUGCAUCUCUCUCUCCACCCUCUGGCGGUAUCGGCCUCGCUUUACCCACACGGACUGUUGCACCAAACCGCACAGAUUCCUCCCUAAAUCUCGAGGCGUACAUCCUCCGUCCGCUCUGCGAGGAUAUCCACCAAGCAAUCAAGUUGACGUACAAGAUCGAGCAACUCCGCCUAGAUGACGAAGAGAUCCAGGCGCAUAUGCGGAAGCUUGGGCUCGACCACUCAGUCCUUGACACUCUGGGUGAGCUGCAUUCCGAACAACUGCGAUUGAUUCAGAUUCAUGCCAAGGACCGCCACGGUUACAUUAUGGCGGUUCAGCAUGGGCGGCCGGUCGAUUUAGUGACUAAGAUGGGAACUUUCCAAGUAAAACCGGUCAUUUUCGUGUUGAAGGCGGCUCGUCCACCCGAGAAUGAAUCAGGUCCCGAGACAACUAAUACACAAGCGAACGCGGUACAUCCACCUCUCUUCGGCAAUCCGCUACCGGCUCCAUCUGCGUUUUGUGGGUUUGGCAGCGGGCCUCUUUCAAUGAACAACAACACUAGUCUGACUGCUGAGGACUACCGCCAACAGCUGGAGUUCAGGGGUGAACCGUGCACUCAUAUCGAACCAGAUGGCCGUGUUCCCCAAGGCCUCCAACACUUCCAGAGCAUCAAACCUUACUUUCGCAAAGAUAUAUCAUUCGAAGAAGUUCGUAAGGCAGACAUGGAAGCUGGACGAACUGGUCUCACGAACUCCAACGGCUUUGCUGGAUAUCCCUGGGACAAAUCAACGCCGAGCACCCUGGGUGGAGGGGGCCUCUUUGGAACCAAGCCCUCGGCGACCACCGAGGGCGGGUACAAGGAGUAUGUCGACCUCUCGCGAAACAAGCAGCUCACCGGUGGGCUGUUCGGAACACCAUCCUCGUCCCGUGAUCCCUUAAAUCUCUUCGGCCAGCGACCUGGCGGAGGAUUAUUCGGAAAUUCGUCUAGCUCGGCCGGGUUCGGGCAAAGCAAUACGUCCGGAGGCCUCUUCGGUGGAUUGACUCAGCGGGUCAAUCCAGGCGGAGGCUUAUUUGGCUCGAGCAGCAAUACCGGAGGAGGCUUAUUCGGCAACUUGGGUCAACAUACUUCAACCGCGGGCACAAGUCUCUCCGGGGUCGCCCCUGCCUCUUCCUCCGGCGGUGGCCUAUUUGGAAGCUCCAAUGCUCAGAACAAUCGGCCAACUUCUGGCUUAUUCGGUGAUCCACAGCCUGCGCCCUCCUCCGGACCCUUCGGGCGAGCACCAUCCGCACCAUCUACGGGCCUGUUUGGUAGUGCUCCAGCUGCUUCCCCGGCGCCCUCUACAGGUCUAUUUGGCAAUACACAAACUGCGCAAACUUCCGGCCUCUUCGGAAAUGCUCACUCAGCACCCUCUUCUGGUCUCUUUGGCAGUACCCAAGCCGCUCCAUCUGGACCGCAUAUUACAGGCGCAUUCGGUAGCACUCCACCCGCACACCCCUCAGGCUUGUCUGGAACUGCUCCUGCUCCUUAUGUGCGGGGCUCAGCUAGAGGCGGGCUGUUCGCUGGCCUCUGUCCGACGGAUAACACCCCAUCACCUGGGUUGUUCGGAUCAGCACGUCCCAACGAUCAACCGAAGCCUUCUUUGUUCGGAAAUCCGUCCUCGCAACCGAAAGUCACACCUGGUGGUCUCUUCCCAAGCUCGGCGCCUCAGGGUCGUGCAUCGCCAUUCGGGGCACCGUCUACAAGCCUAUCAGCUACGGACUUGUUUGGUAAACCCGUGACGCAUUCCAGCAAUGCUCCAAGCAAUGUUGGCUAUUGCGGACUCUCCAACAGCGCGCCGAGGACCAACGCUUUCGACAGCUCUAGUGCAAGCGGCUUCGGCACACAGUCCAGCAGCGCAUCGAACCCCAAUCCCUUCGCACCGACUCCAAGUUCUCUAGGCACCGGCCUCUUCAACAUCGCACCACCCCCGUCCACAAACCCAUCAUUUGCCAACUCCUUUGCCGCGCCACCUCCUACAGCUCCCGGCCCCAACCCCUUCACCGCCGCGCCCAAACCAUCGACGACCCCGUCCCAAGCCUCCGGUACCACUGCCCCCGAGCCCACCACCACAGGCGACAACGCCUCCUCCACCUUAGCCAAUCGCAAAACCUGCACAGUCUGCUGCACACACCUCAUUUUUCACACCGCGGCCGAACAAGCCAGCAAGAUAUGCGACAAUUGCGCCGACAAAGCAUCCACAACUCCCUGCAUCUACUGCCAGUUCGCAAAUCUCUCCACUAUCGGACCCGCGACGGAGGUACCUACCGACCAAGUCACCAACCACUAUGCCAAAAAUGGGAAGCACGUAGUCUGCGACACAUGCCGCAAGGAUAUCUGUCUGCACCGAGAGGCUGAGCAGCAGGCGCGACGGUGCGAUGCCUGCGCUAGGGUCGAGGAGACGGAGUGCGAUCAUUGCAAGCUCGCCAUCUUGAAUAAAACGAUUGGGAAGGGGGCACGGAAGGUGCCUGCAUCAUCAUCUUUUGCAACAUCUGGUACUCCCGCGAAGACGACUGACGAGGACGCUGGAGCGGCGGCGGAGCUGAAGAGCGGUGCUGAGGCUUCGAAGGAGGAUCAUGCUAAGGAAGAGACGAGGGAAGCUGGGGAGGCGAAAUCUGUGGAAGCAGGUAACAAGCACGCUCGCGUUGAAGAUGAGGAUGACGAGGACUCUGUCGAUGUCUGAAGGACACGCGGUGCUUGGCGCACUUUAGUGCUGGUUGGUAGCCCGACGGGGUAUUUAAGGCGCUCGGGGUUAUGAUUUGCCAUGGACAAAUUGCAUGAGAGGCAUGACAGGCGUUCAAUUGGCUUGAGAUGGACAUACCAGGGAUAGGGAAAAAAUGCACUGUAUCUGAGGAUAUAAAGCUUGAUCAGGCGAAUUUGAACCAUAUAAGAAUCACAACA